UAAAAACAUGAGUACUAAUAUGAGAGGAUUGAAUACAUUCAUCACAGACAUCCGUCACUGCUCAAAUAAGGAAUAGGAGGAGAAAAGAGUGGAAAAGGAAUUGUAAAAAAUCAGAGGCAAAUUUACUUCUCAAAAAGGAUUGGCUGGCUAUUAGAAAAAGAAGUACGUUUGGAAAUUGCUGUAUAUCUAUAUUUUAGGUAACAAAAUAAAUAUCUUCUAAUUAGGUUAUGAAGUUGACUUUGGAUAAUAAGAAUGCGCCUUCUUAAUUAAUUCUUCAAAAUUUAGUGAGAAAUACACAGGAUACGUAGCCACCUCAAUUCUGGUGAGUGAAAAAACACAUGACUUGUUUACUUAAGUAGCAUCCUCAAUUAGAAAUGAUCUAUAAUCUGUAAAUGAAAUUAAUCAAUCAUUGGCCCUAACUAUGGUUGGAACACAAGCACCAUAAGAGUUGGUCAAUGCAUUGCAUUAGGAUGUCUAGAAAUUGGCAUUGACAGAAUCUAGAUCAACUUUCCACGUUAGAAAGAAGGCAUGUGCUUGCUUACUUAGAAUGUAUAGGAAAUAUCAAGACAAAUUCCAGCCAUCAUAAUGGGCUUAAGGAAUUUCACAAAUGUUCGAAUCUAGGUAUUUUUAUCAAAUUUAUUGUUAGACACCCUUCAUUAGGAUUUAUGACUGCAGCUACUUCAUUAUUAGUCGGAACAUGUUAGUUAAACAAUCCAUCAAUCUUUGAAGAUUGCACACCUAAAUUAAUUAAAUUACUUCACAAGAUUGCAAUUCAAAAAGACAGCCCUGGAGAUUAUAAUUAUUAUGCCACUCCUGCACCAUGGCUCUAAGUCAAGAUUUUGAAGGCGCUUUCAUUCUUCUCACCACCACCUCCAUCCACCGAUUCUCAUCGAUAGUUGACAGAAUGUCUGACUAAAAUAAUUAAAAAAACUGAAGUUACUAAAAGCAUUAAUAAAAAUAAUGUUGAUCAUGGCAUUCUAUUCGAAGCUGCUAAUCUUGUUAUAACAUAUAAUGGCGCAGUUGGAAUGGAGUUGAAAAACGAUAUUUUGAAAUUGCUUGGAAUUUUCAUAUCAGUUAAAGAACCCAAUCUAAGAUAUUUAGGAUUAGAAACAAUGUGUAAAUUUGUUAAACUCGCAGGAGAUUCCCUAGAAGAUCAUUUAAAUACUAUUUUUAAAUCUUUAAGAGACAAUGAUAUCUCUAUCAGAAAAAGAGCUUUAGAUUUAUUAUAUUUAAUCAGUAGUCCAAAUACUAGUUAAAGAAUAGUUGAAGAAUUGUUAAGUUAUGCUGAAAAUGGGGCAGAUUUGCAGAUUAAAGAUGAUUUAGUUUUAAAAAUAGCUAUAUUAUCUGAGAAAUUUGCAGACAAUUUAUAUUGGUAUAUAGACGUUGUCGUAAGAAUGAUAAAUUCAUCAGGAGAUUUUGUCACAGAAGAUAUUUGGUUUAGAAUCAUCCAAAUUAUUGUAGGAUUCUAAAAGGAAGGAAACCAAGAACUUUAAAAAUAUGCAGCCACCAAAUUAUUUUCAUAAUUAUCCAUGCCUCAUGUUCAUGAAACUUUGAUUUGUAUUGGAGCAUUUAUAAUCAGUGAAUACUCUUAAAUGCUUGUGGAAUAGAAUAAAGAACCAUAGAAAUUAUUUGACAUUCUUAACAAGCAUUACACAUUUAGCACAGAAAGAAGCAGGCAAAUGUUAUUAAAUGCUUUUGUUAAAUUGGCAUGCAAAUAUCCAGAAUUAAGAGAUCAAGCAAUUAUGAUAUGUCAAAUAGCUGGGGAACAUUUUGAUCCAGAUAUUUAAUAAAGAGGGAUUGAGUACUUCUCAUUAUUAAUGGAAGACGAUAAACUCUUAAAUCAAAUAGUUGUUAAAAUGCCUCCUUAUUCAGAAUUAGUAUAAUAAAAUAACCCUCUAACUAAGAGAAUUUAUGUUAUGGUGUUAAACCCAAAGGAAUAAAAGGAUCCAACACUAUUAAAUUAGGCAAGAAUCUAAGCUAGUCAAGAGAUUGCUAUGGCAGAAUAGAGACUGUAAAGCAAACCAGAAUAACUUUAAAAGCAUCUGAGUUGGUUGAAAGCUUGUCCAUAUCUAAAUCAAUUUUAAGGUUAAAUUGCACUCGAAGGAGUUAAUAUUAUGGUUCCUCCAUCUCCAGAGGAUAAUAAUUUAAAAUCUCCUACAAUAAGCAAUGUCAAUGAAAUCAAGGUGUUACUAACUUCAUAAAUUGGAAAAAUAGUCGAUAAACCAGGAGAUCUUGUUGUUUAAUAUAAAUCUGAGAUAAGUGGUCACUUGGGAAAGGUACUAUAUAACACAAUUUAAAUUUAGGUCUCUUUCUAAUUUGAAGGAACCUCUCCAAUUUAAAACUUAUCUAUUCUUGUAUCUUAGACCAAUGGUAUGCUAUUCAACAUUUUACCUGUAAAAUAAGGAGAUUUUCCAUAAGUCAUGAUGCAAGUUUUAAGUUGUGAUGGAAAUAUGACUUUGCCUAUAGCAUCUAUUUUCUACGAAUAAAAUGGAUAAUAAAAGAAACAUGAAUUCCAUCUACCAAUUUAUACAAAUAAGUUUGUUCAACCAGUUGACAUGCCAUAUGAUAAAUUCACUAAAUUCUUUGACGAUUUUACGUAUUUAUUUCUUCUAAUCAUUAGCAAUAAUUUAAGCAAUUAAAACUAUUUUAAAUUAGAUUCUUUUAUCAGAAAUACUGCUCCAUCUAAUAUCCCAAUGUCUGAAGUACUCAAAAAAGCUGGAGGACUCCUUUCUGUUGGAUUAAAUUUGAAAGCGUAAUCAAUGUUUUAUAACAUAGUUAACCAUUCCCCUCACUUGAAAAUUUACAAAUGAUUUGGGCAUGUGGAUAAUUGAUGAUAAAACCACCAGAGCAAAAUAACAUUUUAAAUCUACCAAUUAUGGUUAUCAUUUCAUCAUUAGAUUAAACCAAUGAAUUUUUACGAGUUGGUAUUAGAUGUGGUGGUAAUGGAGAAAUAGCCAAGAAUUAUAUGAAAUUAAUAAUGCUAUACCUGGGUUGAUCAAUAU